AUAAGGUUACCCCACCGUCUCUAUCAUUCUUCUCUUUCUCUCUCUUAAACGCAAAUCUGAACCCAAAGCAAAGUGAUUUAUUCUCUCUUUCUGGUUCUCUCUGGUUCAUAGAAAAUGGAUCUUGCCCCAGAGGAACUGCAAUUCCUGAACCUCCCCGAAAUCGUACGAGAAUCAAUCUCCAUCCCAAAACGCUCCCCAAAAACCUUCUACCUCAUAACCCUCACACUCAUAUUCCCUCUCUCGUUCGCAAUCUUAGCUCACUCUCUCUUCACCCACCCAAUCAUUACCCAACUCCAAUCACCCUUCGAUGACCCUUCUCAAACCACUCACGAAUGGACCCUUCUUCUCCUUAUUCAGUUCUCUUACCUCAUUUUCCUCUUCGCUUUCUCUCUCCUCUCCACCGCCGCCGUCGUUUUUACCGUCGCUUCUCUCUACACCUCAAAACCCGUUUCUUUCUCUUCCACUCUCUCUGCCAUUCCUAAACUCUUCAAACGCCUCUUCAUCACCUUCCUCUGGGUCACCCUCACCAUGAUCCUCUACAACUCCGUUUUUCUUCUCUUCCUCGUUCUCAUCAUCGUUGCCCUCGAUACCAAUAACUCUGUUUUGCUCUUCUUCGCUGUUGUUGUUAUCCUUUUGCUGUUCUUCGUUGCUCACGUUUACAUCACUGCGUUGUGGCAUCUUGCUAGUGUGGUUUCCGUGCUUGAACCCGUUUAUGGGUUCUCUGCGAUGAGGAAGAGCUAUGAGUUGUUGAAGGGGAGGACCAAAUACGCUGCCGUUUUGGUGAGCGUGUAUUUGGUGAUUUGUGGGGUGAUUGGGGCGUUUUUCAGUGUGGUGGUGGUGCACGGUGGGGAUAAUUAUGGGGUUUUCGCCAGAAUUGUGGUUGGAGGGUUCUUGGUGGGGUUGCUGGUGAUUGUGAAUCUCGUAGGGUUGUUGGUGCAGAGCGUGUUUUAUUAUGUGUGUAAGAGUUAUCAUCAUCAAGGGAUUGAUAAGAGUGCUUUGCAUGAUCAUCUUGGGGGGUACCUCGGAGAAUAUGUGCCUCUUAAGAGCAGCAUUCAGAUGGAGAAUUUGGAUGUAUGACCCCAAUGGAAUCACUGGAUGAAUUCAUGGAUUGGAUUGGGUUUCAUUUUCAACAAAGUGCGGUUGAAAGCUCUACAAUUUACAUUGAAGAUUGGAGCAUUAUGGUUAGGACUAGUAGUACUGAAGGCAAAACUAAAUUUUAGCUGUCUGAACCCUGUUGAAUUGUUUACAUUGGGGCUGGCUAUUAUGAGUUUGCUGGUUUUACAGUUGUGUAGUGUGAAUCUUCAAGUAUUUAGCACAUAACUGGGAUCAGAUUUAUGAUGGAAGCUGUAUCCAGUUACCAUUACAUAUAUUUAUUUGCUUGUUCAGCACACUGGUGUCCUUCCCCAAAUUGUCUCAUCUUAGUCAAGAACUCUAGCAAGAAAAUUGCUUUGAUUGUGUAUGGGUAUGAUAUAGACGUUAGUAGGUUCUUCUAUGUUUG